AUGUGCCCAGUGGUUACAUAUAUACAGGCUGUGUCAGUUUUCCUGAGCGCCUUCACUCUCGUCGCCAUGAGCAUGGAUCGUUAUGUUGCUGUACUCUAUCCGCUCAGACCUAAACUAACCAACAAUCAGGCAAUUAAAAUCAUCGGUGUCACAUGGAUCCUGGCAUUAGCCGCACCCUUACCAACAGCGGUCGUGUCACGUGUCCUCAGCUCAAGCAACGGGACUGGAUCGAAUGAAACGGCAGCAUUCGAUGGUUUGUGUCAAGAAAUAUGGGAACAUGAUUAUCAACGUUACAGUUACAGUAUGGUCAUUAUGCUUCUUCAAUACUUUAUACCUUUAGUUGUGCUUAUAUUCACCUACGCACGGAUAGGAUACGUAGUAUGGAUCAAGAGUCCACCUGGUGAAGCUGUACAAAAUCGUGAUCAGCGAAUGGCAGCAUCAAAGAGAAAGGUGAGUCCCACAAUUUGUUCUUUUAACGAAACGACCAACGGUUGA